AGCAGGGCCAUGGAACCCAAUUAAGCAUGAGUCACUGUUUACAGGAUCAGGGCCCAAACAUCUAAUUUCUCAGCCUGAUUCCUUUUGUACAGAGGGUUUAAGCACGCAAGUAAACUUUAAAAAUUAUGCAGCACUCUGUUGGUCAUCACUUUUGCUAUUAUUGAACCCUUAUUGAAAUAAGAGCCCCCAGCUUGAGCUCUUCCUUCUGCUUGAUGCUAGAAAUGUUAGUGAUGGAUUAAAUUAGCAUUCUGGUUUUACCAUGAGCUCAAACAAGAAAAGAUGCUCAUGAGGGAGCAAGCCCCAGCUUAAAUGCUUUGGUAAUUAGCAGACCUGGGAAGAAAUUGUUUACCUAAUUACAGGGUAAUCUAUUAAAGCUUUAAUAUCCUGACAAAGACUCCCUAGGCCGGUUGCCCAGGCAGGGACAAAACCCACAACACAUUUUUAUCUGCAGAGGAUGGAAUCAAACUGUCAAGGAUUAAGUGGUUGGAAAGUAGAUGCAGCUGAGGUUCAUUAAAAUAUAGGGUACAGCUGGCAUGCAGCAACUGCAGGAAGGAGGUGGGGCAACCUGGAUACAACCUGAGAGGAAGCUGCAUUUCCUGGCCUAAUCUCCAGAUAAGUGUCAUGGGAUCUUAAACCUGAGUGGCACCAAAAGUUGGGGAAAAACUAGCUCCAACCAGGCAGCAGCUUCCUAGUGUUACUACACUUCUUUGUGUUGUCAUCUAGACUGAGCCUAAAUCUCCAGAGAUGAGACUUGAACCUAUGAUCUGGCUAAGAGAUGAUCUGACAAGCUUCCUCGUGAAAAUGAGCAAUCGCACAAGGACUGGAAAUGCUGUCUUUCACGAGAUGGAGGAGUUGGCUAGAGAGAGCAUCGGCUUGUUAGCCAAGCCUACUCUGGAGUCAGGUAGCCCAAACCUAUCCUCUGCCGGGGCUGUCUUUAUUAUGCUGAAGUCAUCUCUCGGAGCAGGACUUCUUAAUUUCCCAUGGGCUUUCAAUAAGGCUGGAGGGAUCACUGCAGCUGUUCUUGUGGAACUGGGCUCCUUAAUAUUCCUAAUUAGCGGCCUAGUGAUCCUGGGAUAUGCCUCCUCCAUCAGCACCCAGUCCACGUACCAGGGCGUAGUCAGAGAAAUCUGUGGGUCGGCCAUUGGGAAGCUCUGCGAGAUCUGCUUCAUUUUAAAUCUCUUCAUGAUUUCCGUAGCCUUUCUCAGAGUUGUGGGCGAUCAGCUGGAAAAAUUAUGUGACUCCCUCUACAUGAAUGUGACUCUGAGUGGAGAAGAGCCUCCUCCUCCCCAGCACUGGUAUACAGAUUACCGCUUCACCCUGACUGCCCUAUGUGCCCUGGUCAUCUUCCCUCUGUCUGUUCCCAGGGAGAUCGGGUUCCAGGAAUACACCAGUAUUUUAGGUACUUUGGCUGCUUGCUACCUGACCCUGGUGAUUAUAAUAAAAUACUACCUAAGAACAGAGCAUGUUAUCAUGCAUGAGCAACAUUAUUCCUCAAGAGUGUCUUCCUUGGCUUCCAUGUUCAGUGUCAUCCCAACAAUCUGUUUUGGAUUUCAGUGUCAUGAAGCCUGCAUUGCCAUCUACAGCAGCAUGCACAACAAGAAACUCUCCCUUUGGAUCGUGGUGUCUGUGCUCUCCAUGCUCUUCUGCCUGUUAAUUUAUUCUCUUACAGGGCUUUAUGGCUAUUUAACCUUUGGUGCUGAUGUUGCUGCUGAUAUUCUGAUGUCAUACCCAGGAAAUGACGUGGUCAUCAUUAUAGCCCGGCUACUCUUUGGCAUCUCCAUCAUUACCAUCUACCCAAUUGUUCUCCUGCUGGGCAGGUCUGUCCUACAGGAUGUCUGCCUGAAUGACAAGUGCAGGUCUCUCGUGCUUACGGAGCCUUAUGAGCGGUGUACAAGGAUUGUGCUGACUAUCACGUGGAUCAUCGUGACGCUCGUCAUUGCUCUGUUUGUCCCUGACAUCAGCGAGGUGAUCAGUAUUAUUGGUGGCAUCAGCGCCUUCUUCAUCUUCAUCUUUCCAGGUCUAUGUCUAGUAUGUGCAAUGGAAAUGGAACCCAUCGAACCAAGAAAAAACUCAGAUGGACAGGGACAGUCCUGCUCACCGGAAGAGAGUUGUCAGAUUAUCGCUUCUCCUGCCUUGCAAUGAACAAACCACUCGCUCAGCUGACAGGUUCUGUGGGCAUGUUUUCAGACAGAGUCUUGUAGCUUUACUCAAACAUCCUUCUCUUUCAAAGAAAAUAUUCAUAACUACCCUGAAAGCAAACUAGGAUGUUUUUAAAGCCUCUACGAUUGAGGGUCUUUCAGUGUCCAGCUCCUCUUUAUUAGUGUUGUCAUGGAAUUUAUUUGACUAAAAUGUCAAAAGUCUGGAAGGUUUUUACUUUGGUCAGGAAGAUGGACCCUGGGCUAAGAAAAAAUAGCAAAGCUAGUUUAAUGCAAUGUUAUAGCCAUACUAACAAGUGAGGAAACAGGAGCACAAGGAAAGUUUCUUAUUCUUCAGCGGGGCCCACGUUUCUGUGUAGUAGAGGCUGUAUUGACAACUUCUCAUAAGUGAGAGCCCUGCAACUAUUUUGUGCAAAAUGGGAUGCUUUUCUCUUAGAAGUAUGGUUUGACUUUGCAUGAAUGAGGUGAGGAGUCCAUGUUCUUUUGUCUCUCCUUGGCUACUAGCGCACGUGUCCCUGGCAGAAGUUCUAGCUCAGACCUGAAAGUCAAGCUGGGUUCUUUCUGAUGUGUGCAUCAGUACUGAUAUUUUGACUACAGCCACUCAACAGUCUCUCAUUACACAGGAAGAAACUGAACCCAGCUCAUCCCCUGAAAGGGUGUGGGCUCUACAGGGAAAAGUGAUUGUAUGUAUGAGCUGCUGCCUCCGUGUUCCCCCAACAAGGGUUGUCUUUUCUGAUAACCGCUGUUUAGUAGAGAGGGGCAGAAAUUACAGGGCCCAGCACUUUGCUGCUCCAGGAGAACCUUACACUGGGGCUGGAAGGACAGAGAAAUGGGGGUCAGGCUUAAUUAACUUGUAGUGGGCACUUAUACACUUCUCUUCCCCCCCCUCCAACCAGCUGACAAGGUGUCAUUGGGCAACAUUCCCCCUCUCAGUAAAAUACGGUGUUAAGGCUGCAUCACUAUGAGCUAGCUCAGUAUGAAGAACAGUAUAGUUAGGGGACCAGUGGUAGUUUGAGAUCUUGGGUUUAAAAAACACGAUGAACAAAAGUUGAUUUCUCAUUUUGGCAAUGUCCAGGGGAAGAGUUGUAUUCAUGGUAACAUUUCUCUUUAAAUCAGCCUCCCCCUGGGAAACUAAAUCAUUGCCUAGAGUUCUAUUGCACUGUUCUUCUAUUUUCUAGGUCCUGUUUGGUUGCUUGGGGUGUCAUCUCCAUUCUCUGUGGAGCUUUUGUCUUUGGUCAGAGCACAACCAUUGCUGUCAUGGAGCUGGUCUACAAAUUAUAGCUGCUUACAGGUACCCAGCAGCCGUGCUUGCAAAGAACAAUGCAUCUUACUGGAGGACAGCAUGGUUUCCAAAUGACUGAUGGAUGUUUCUCAGCCUUUCCCUGUUUGCAUUCACUGUAGCUUUAAAAAAAAAUGUAUUUACAGUCUCUCCUGUUUGCUAAAUCCUAGGGGUAAAUUGGCUAAAUGACGAGCAUUACCAUGCAGCAGGGUGCCUGUCAAAGUGAUGCUCUAAGAUCAUUGUACCUCCUCACACCUUUAUAUAUUCUUCCCUUCUGAUGUUUGAUGGUACAUGGUUUCCUUUCAUUAGAGCAACCCCUGGAGGAGAAAGGGCAAUCCAAGGUGUCCCUGAUACUCUCCUCUUCAAACUAUGGUCUGUUACUGUCAUCUCAAAUUCCAGCUUUCCCAUUGUGUUACCCUUAUUACACACCCUGUUCAAGGCAAUAACUAGACACCCCUUUACAUCUGUGCAAAGUGGGAGUAAAACACAGAAUGGAUGAGUGUGUGCAUUCUGGAAAAAGGGCAAAUCUUUGAAAUAUCAUGUUUUGUAUUCAUAUUGGUAUUGCUAGAAUAGAGACAGAAGGUCCAUUACCAGAGUUAGACUUGUAUAAGUAUUAAACUUGCAUGUUCAACACCUAGAUCCUUUAUGCACAUGUAUACACAGCAGCUCAAGAAGCGAGGGUAGCACCUACGCUCCUGGGGCUUCACUGCUGUUGUUACUUGAGCAAGCUUGGUCCUAUCUGUACAGCUGCAGUUACCCCUCCCCUCACUGUACAGGCACUGUGGCAUCUCAUCUUCAAUAUAAGGAUCAUGGAGUUCCCUCUAUGUAGAACAGUGAUUUUGUGCAUAAUUGCCCUUUAUUUUCCACCUACUCUUAAUUAUUUUGAUGUGUUUUUCAUUACAAGUUCACAAAACUACUUCCAUUCUGUUUCCCUGUUGAAGAGCAAGGAGCGAUUUAGAAUAAAACCACCACCAUUUCCCAGUUAC